UUCAGUCUUACACGCCGUCCAAAGUUUCCUCCCCCUUUCUCUCUCUCUUUCUCCCUCACUCACUGGCUCACAGCUGCUCUCCAUCUUUCAUCACUUUCUCUGUGUUUUCUCUUUCUCGGGUUUUCUUGGAAAAGAAAGUGUAAGCUCUAGGUGUUCUUCAAUCUCUCUCUCUCUCUCUCUCUGUGUGUGUGUGGAAGUGGCGGCUUGUAUAAAUCCCAGAAAGCAGACACCCAUCUCUCUCUCUCUCUCUUUCUUAUUGUUGAAGUUGGCAUAAUGAUGGUCUAGAUAGAUUUUUUACGUCGCCUAUGCUUAAACCCCAGGUCCAAAAUGCAUUUGGCUCUAAUACUCGUUGGGAUUCUUGAAGCUGGACCUUAUUUAGAAAGGUAGAGACUUGUGAAUUCCAGCGAUAUGGAAGAGUUUUACAGGCUUAAUCCUGUAAUAACUUGUUCAGAUGCUGGAUUUCAUGGCCCUAUGGAUAGCAUGCUCCAAUUCCAAGCUGCUGAGCCUGAGGUCGGUUGUUCCGAGAUCACGGAUCUGAUCAAGACCCAGAUUGCUAAUCACCCUUUUUAUCCAAAUUUGGUUUCUGCUCACUUAGAAUGCCAAAAGGUUGGAGCUCCCCCAGAAAUGGCUUCUUUUCUUGAAGAAAUCGGCCGAGAAAACCACGUAUUAAGCACUUGCAGUAAGAUGGGAGCUAAUCCGGAACUUGAUGAAUUCAUGGAAUCAUACUGUGAUUCUCUACAUCGAUUGAAGGAGGAGCUAUCCAAGCCGUUCGAUGAAGCGACCAUAUUCUUGAGCGGCAUUGAAUCACAGCUGAAUAACCUCUGUAAAGGAACAUUGACAAAAACCUUGGAUCAUCAUUCUGUCUAUUCAGAUGAAGCAAUUGGGACUUCAGAGGAAUUAAGCUGUGGGGAGGUAGAUGCACCUGAAAGUCAAGAAUACUCUUCUGGUGGCCUUCCAGGUGACCAGGAAGUGAAAGAAAUGCUCCUUCGAAAGUACAGUGGCUAUCUUAGCAGUUUAAUGAAAGAGUUUUUAAAGAAAAGAAAGAAAGGAAAGCUACCAAAGGAAGCAAAAAUAACAUUGAUGGACUGGUGGAGUACUCAUUACAGAUGGCCAUAUCCUACGGAUGAGGAUAAAAUGAAGCUAUCAGAGAUAACAGGAUUAGACCAAAAGCAGAUCAACAAUUGGUUCAUAAAUCAGAGGAAGAGGCAUUGGAAACCAUCUGAAGACAUGAGAUUUGCUCUCAUGGAGGGUGCUAUCAGCAGUGGUGGAGGACAUAUGUACUUUGAUAGUGGAGGUGGAGCAGGGAAGUGAUGAUAUCUGAUCUUGACAAUUUGGUUUUAGUCCGACCUUCAUAAUCUGUAUAGAUUAUUGCGUGCAAUCCUAUGUUGUCAUGUUAGAGAAUCUCCAACAAUAUUAUGCAUAUUUAUCCAAAAGCCACAAUUAUCUACUAUUU